UAACGAAACCCAGACUAAAUCCCAAUUUAAAAUAAGGUUUAUAUAUUUAAAAUACUAGUUCAAUUUAAUUUAAAAUAAAUAAACUAUGUGAAGUUUUUAUUUAUAAAGUAAUUAUUUUUAUUUAAUAUUUUCUAAAAGAAUAUUCCAAUAUUUUUGACAACAAACCACUACAAGAAAAUAAAAGAUUAUUUUUUGUCACCGAAAAUAAAAGAUAAACACAAAUCUUAAAACAGUCUUGUUUGCCGAAUUUUAAUCCAAACCUGUGUGCAACAUAGUUAACAGUAGAUUGGUAGACUCCGUGUACUUAAUCAAAAAUUGUUUUCUCGAAUCAAAAAAAAAAAAUUUAAAGAGGAAAUUGUAAAAUUUAUUGUUUGUGCUUUCAAAUUUGAAAAGUACCUAUCUUUUUAGCUUUUAGAUUGCAAUCAAUUUAUUUCGAAUUAAGAGACUUAUAUAUUAUUUAUUACUUCGAAUUAGAACUAAACACUUAGUAAGCUGUUCAUUGUUAUGAUUUUUCUUUUUUCAAUCUUUUGGCGGUGCAUUGAAUUUCCUUUUAUUUUUUUAACAACAUCAUUGAAUUUCCUUUUUUGAGUGUCAGAAAAGGAAAUUGUUAAUUCAAAAUUUCCUUUUUUUCGCAUGUGUGCCGAAAUCUAUAAAAACAGUCUGAGAUCACUACUUCUCAUUCACUACAAUUUCCUUUUUUUGCUCUCUUCCUCAAUUUUCCUUACGUUUUUUUCUCUGCAAGCGAUUCUGCUUCUAAACCCUAAAAAGCUUUUGCUUUUUUUUUCUUUCUCUGCAAGCGACUCAGUUUCGAAACCCUAAAAAAGCAGCAAAGAUGCAAAUCAUUCAAUCAAAGGAAGAAUUCAUAAGGUUUCUAGGAGAAGGCUCCUUUGGUUGCGUUAAUCUCGUCCGCUACUCCAAUCCCAACGACGGCUCUUCUUACCUCUCCGCCGUCAAGAACUCUUACGAAGAAGACUACGCCAAUCUCCAAAGCGAGUUAGACAUCCUGCUCGAACUCAGGGGAUAUCCCAAUAUUGUUACGUGUUUCGGAGACUCUCUCGAAGAAAGUUUCCGCAGAUACGGGAAGAAACUCUACAAACUCCAACUCGAGUUCGCUUCUGAAGGUAUUCUAAGCGCUUUCAUGGACAAUUACGCCGACAGAAAGUUUCUGGAACCUUUGAUCAAAGAUUUCACGUGGAUGAUUUUCGAAGGUUUGGUCUCGGUUCACGGCCACGGCUAUGCUCACUGCGACAUCAAACCAGACAACCUACUCGCGUUCCCUUGUUCGAGUAGUGAAGGUUACGAGAUCAAGAUUUCCGAUUUCGAUAGCGCGUUAGAGGUGGGAGACGUUCCCAAGUUCUGGGAAACAAAUAUGCCGUGGAUGGGGACUCCGUUCUACAUGUCUCCGGAGUCGGUCCGUGACGGGGUCGCCGAGAUGUCUGUAGACUUGUGGUCGGUGGGAUGUUUGGUUCUGGAGAUGUACACGGGCGUGAUUCCAUGGGAAGGUGUUAAUCUCCAUCUUCUAGCUACUCUUCUCCGUUGUGGUGAAGCUCCUGAGAUCCCAGAGAGUUUACCUUCCGAUGCAAAGGACUUUAUCCAGACGUGUUUCUCGAGGGAGCCUGAGGAGAGAGGGAGCGCUACUGAGUUGAUGUCUCAUCCUUUCUUGUCUCGUCCACAAGUUGAAGAGAAGAAAACAGAGGACGCGAAAACAAGAAACUUGUUUUUGUUGAAGUUGCUCAAGUUGAGAAUCAAACGAAGAAGUUCCAACAAGAAACCAACGACAGAUGCUGUCGUUGUUUCAGACAAGAAGCCUCUAAAGCUGAGGUUUUUUCCUUCAAAGGCCACACAGUUUAAGAGAACUCUGAACAAAGUCUUGGGGUUGAAGUUUAUGCCUGUGAACAAAUCGGCCUACUUCAGAUUAGUGUCUGUUUAUUAAGUACGAUAGUUUUCUGUUCAUUAAGGUUUAGUCAUUAGUGUCUGUUCAUUAACGUUUUUGUCCAUUAACAUUUAGGAUCCCGAUUUAGUAUGUAGUUCUUUGUUCAUUAGUACAUCUCUGGUUUAGUAUGUAUCUGAGGUCUCAAAUCAGUAACGACAGUAUAACUGUUAAUAAAAAAUUAAAAAUCUUUUCAUUCUGAAUUGCUCACUAUACAGAGUUCUUUCCUCUGCAAACUCCAGUCUUCAUAUUUUUACUGUGAUAAGCAAUUGAAAAGCAUCUUCUUAACUCUGGGAAUCCUAAUACAAUUUGAUCAUCAGAACAAGCUUUAC